UUUGUUUUCCGGUUAAAAUUUCCAAUUUUUCUUCGGUCUUUGGAAAAGUAGCUCUUCCCCUUUCUUUUUGCGUAGACUGUUUAAGUUGGUAAUUUAGUGAGGGUUUGGGCCUUAGCCUUAACGCUUAAUAAACUGUUCCGUUGCAGUUGUAUGAGUUUGCACAAGGCGCGUACUGCUUUCCAUACAGUACUCGUACUUAUGUUUGGUGUUUUUCAGAAACUUCAAAGUUUAAUCCCGUAAUAACUGUUUACAAGAUUUGGAAGGUUUUGCAGUUUGCUAUCGAAUCAUCGGCUUUUUGAACUGUCAGCUGUCCAUCUUUCGUCUUCGAUCUCGUGAGAAUGAGGCUAACAAUGGUUUUAAAUUUGAAAUUCCCACGGGGAAACAUGUGGAUAGGUAAAUAUCGUUUGGUUCCUCCCAUGGGCGAAGGCGUCCGCUCGAGUGCGCUCAAGCGGUUAACGUGGGAAUAUGAGUGCAUGAAACUGCUGUCCAAACCUUAUCUCACAGAGGCACAAGAAGCGUGUCAGCCGGACUGGGACGCCGCCUUGGCGAAUCGCGAGAAGUAUCAGCGCAUCAAGUUGGAUAUGUUUGGAUUUGACCAUGUGAAGAUGGAUGACCAUCUUAAGCAUUUAAACAAUGAGAAAAAGUGGGAAUAGUUGAAUAAGGUUCCUGUGCCUUUUGUUUGCAAACAGUAGUAUAUCCCGGCUAAAGUGAAAUGUGUGAAACUAAGGCAUAUGUUGCAUGGUACAGAUUUUGGCGGAAUUUUGCGGAGUUUGUAUUUUUGCAGUUUAAUUCAUCUGUUGAAGUUUGAACUGAUCAAAUUUCUGGAAUUACGAAGGUUACAAAUGGCACGCUUUUCUUUCCGCGAUAACAAAGUGAAAUUAUUAUUGUACUAAAAUACGAUAUUAACAACAACCGAAUAAACUGUUGCGGCAAA